AUGGAUGCGUCAGUGCACUGCUCUCUCUCUCUCUCUCUGUUUCUGACUGCCUCUUGUCAGUUGGCAUAUGCAUAUUUCGACAUUUCGAUCUGCCAGCUGACGAGUUCCCAUUCAAAUUCUCCUACUAGAGCCACCAGUGACCCCUCAUCUCGUGCAGUACUUCAAAAGCUCCUUUAUAAUGUGGGAAUCAUGGACCGGACCCGGAUGUUUGCAUGUAAUUGGGUUAGUUUAGGAAGGAGGGAUGGAGAGCAAAAUUUACCACUAGCACUUGUGGCUACUGAACAAGAAUAUGAGAAAGAAAAACUAAACGAGAGGAUAGCUAAACUCUCUGGUGGUGUUGCUGUCAUUCAGGUAGGAGCACAGACAGAAACUGAGCUUAAGGAAAAGAAACUGAGGGUUGAGGAUGCCCUGAAUGCUACAAAGGCAGCAGUUGAGGAAGGUAUUGUUGUCGGUGGUGGCUGUACCCUUCUGAGGCUUGCAUCAAAAGUUGAUGCAAUUAUAGAAACCCUUGAGAAUGAUGAACAGAAGGUUGGGGCUGAAAUUGUAUGGAAGUCCUUGAUCUAUCCACUUAAAUUGAUUGCAAAGAAUGCAGGUGUUAAUGGCAGUGUGGUUACUGAGAAGGUUCUUGCCAAUGAGAACUUCAGGUAUGGGUACAACGCGGCUAUAGGGAAGUAUGAGGAUUUGAUGGCUGCUGGUAUCAUUGAUCCCACCAAGAUGUGUUUCUGCAGAAUCAAUGCCUUGUGUUGCUACGUUGUGAGGUGCUGCUUGGAGCAUGCUGCGUCGGUGGCGAAAACCUUCAUCACCUCUGAUACCGUUGUCGUUGACAUCAAGGAGCCUGAGCAAGCACCUGCUCCUGCAAACCCAAUGGGUGGUGGCUCAGGCGGGGAGGGGAGGAGGUGGAGGGCUGGUGGGCGGCAUCGUGGGGGUGCCACAGAGUCGCUGGUGAUGUGCAGCACCGACGCCGUGGGUGUUGAUGACGAUGAUCACGAGAAGGAGGACAACGACGAGGAGCGGAUCGAGAUUGGGCAGCCCACGGACGUGCCACACUUGAAGAUGAAGGAAAGUGAGUCACCAUCAAUGCGGUCUAGGCUCUGUGAACUAUUCAACCUGGCCAAAGAGGCGUCGAAACUACUGAUCAUCUGGUGUCCAACGAGAAGGUCCUACCUUGGAUGA